GAUGCCAAAGUGGUGAGCCCAGAGAAGGGGAACCUGUGGGAUUGCCAGGAGCCCCAGCAGCCCAGAGAGGGGAACACCAAUACAAACCUGACCCGCAGCAACCCAGACAGGGGGCCUCCAGGAGCCCAAAGUGGAGAGACCAGAGAGGGGAAACUAAGGGUUGGGGUUUCUUGCUGAAUCUUGGUCAUUUGUGUAUUUUGGGGGAAUAAAUCUUGGUGUCUUGGAGGCUUACAUGGGCACCAAAUUCCUGGUGACUUCUAGAGUGUGCAGGCACAGGGGCCCAACACUGGAACUGCAAUAGCUCAGGGCAAAGGUGACCAGAGUCAGAGAGAGACACCCCUCUGAGGACAAUGGUCUCACCAUCAGCAUUUUCAGGCUCAUGUGAAUGCAGCAGCUUCAUGGGUAUCACCCAGUCCAGCUGCCAUUUUUCCCUAUAUGUACUCCGCCUAGAAUGUUCUCCCCUCUCUUGGUCCCGGUUUACUGCAAUGCUCCGCCCCUGUUACCUCAUUGGUUCCCCAGUUGGCUGCCCCUCCUCUGCACCACCUGUGCUCAGUUCCCAUUGGCCCUUGGCCCUCAGACCCGCCCCUUUCCCCCCUUAUCAAACCCUGUGUCCUCAGCCCCAUUUUGUCUCUGUCCCUGGCCCCUCUACAUUGCAAUAAACUGCGUUUGGAGCUGUGCACACAGACCCGUCUCUGGCCUUGUCCGUCAGCAGACCAGAAUUACCCAUUGCCAAACCUUGGCCGGAUGGAGGAGGAGGCUGUGAAGAAGAGGAAGAUGCCCCAGGACACCCAGGCAGACAAGGAGCUGAGGAUGGAGACCAGGGAGGACAAAUCUCCAAGGCAGAACCUCAUGGAAGAGGCUGUUUUGAGCAACACCACGGGGCAGGAAUCCAAGGGGGAGGAAAAGCCCCUGAGAUCCCACAGGAGGAGGGCCUGCAAAUCCAGCCCAGGAUGCUUUGAGGGGGAAAUGCCUACCCUGUGCCAGGAAGGUGGGCAGAGCUUCAGCCAGAGCUCAGAGCUGGUGGCUCAUGAGCAGCUUCGUGAUGGGGAGAAGCCCUACAAGUGCUUGGAGUGUGGGAAGAGCUUCAGGCAGAGCUCCCACCUGAUCAGACACCAGAUGAACCACACUGGGGAAUGGCCCUACGAGUGUGGGGAGUGUGGGAAGGGCUUCAGCUGCAGCUCAAAACUUGUCAACCACCAACGCAUCCACACUGGGGAGAGGCCCUAUGAGUGUCCUGUGUGCCAGAAGAGGUUCCAAACCAGCUCCAAUCUCCUCCUGCAUGAGAGAAUUCACAUACAGGAGAGGCCCUUCCGUUGCCCCGACUGCGGGAAGGGCUUCAAGUACAACUCCCACCUCAUCAGACACCAGCGCAUCCACACUGGGGAGAGGCCCUACGAGUGCCCCAUUUGUGGGAAGAGCUUCACCCACAGUUCUAACUUAACCAGACACCAAAGGAAGCACCAGUAAGGGAAGCCCUGCAAAUGCCCCAGCUGCAGGGAGAGCUUUGUUCCUGGCUUCAACUUCAUAAUCAAUUGAAGUACCCAUGUUGGGAAGAGACCUGUGAUCCAUGUUCACUGUGAUCCAUGCUGGGAAGACAUCUGUCCCUUUUCCUGCCCCUGCACCACAUGAUGUGGGAUCGAAGAACAUGAGGGUCUGGCUAGGGCCGUGUCAUUAUAUUCACUCUCUUCUCAGGUCAUUGCCAGGGUCACGGAAGGGUCUCUUUCUCUCUCCCUGAGGAGAAGGGUGUCCUUCCCAGGCAGGAGGAAAUACAUGGCCAGGAUGGCCCAGUGAGUUGUGUUUUGGUUUUCCCUGUGGAAAGUUUUUCUUUUCCCUUCUGUUACCAGUAUUGAUUCUAUUCCUGUUUGUUGUUUGUCUCGUAGCUGUUCCCAGUAAACU